AUGACUCGCUUUUCGUUUGGGGAUGAAGAAUUUAUAGAAGAAGAGGAAAAGGAAUUUGUGAAUGACGUAUCCGAGUCGAUUCUUGAUGAUGAAGAAAUUACAGAAGAAGAAGAGUUUGAAGUUGACAUAUCUGAGAAUUCGGAAACAAGAACAAGAACAUAUGAUACGUAUGGCUAUGGUGAUGAAGAAGAUGAAGAAAUAAAUGAAGAGGAGGAGGAAGAGAACUAUAAUGAGUUGGUGGAUCAUCAAGACAUGUCUGAAUACUUGGAAACAAGAACAUAUUAUUAUGAUCUUGUUAUGGAUAUAGAUGUUAAUGAAGGUGAUCCAAAUGUUGAUAAUGAGGAACAAGAAAUAUGUGCUAUUUGUUUACUUGAAUAUAAAGAUGAAAACACCAUUGGCACACUACAAUGUGGCGAUAAAUUUCAUGCUGGAUGCAUCAAGAAGUGGUUACAGAGGAAAAAAUCAUGUCCUUUUUGUAGAGCUUCAGUUUUGCCCCUACAUUAG